CUGGUAUCGGCAAAGUAGUAUUAGUUUGUGUUUCACAUAUCUGUAAUACAACGGAAACCCUAUAAAAAUGAUAUCCAAUACUUUAGGGCUAUGGCUUCUGGUCACAUUUGCUGUAGCCAACUGCAAACUAAGCGAAAAUCAAAUGAAAAUGUUUUUAGCCAAUUCAUACGAAAAACAAACGAGCGAUUCUUGUUAUAAAUUAAACGAUGUUACAUUUGCUUUCAACACUGAUAUCAGAAAUAAGCAAAAAGAACAAUUUUUGCUUAAUACAACCUUAAAGGAGGCAAAAUUAAGCAAAGAAAUAUGGGAAAAAUAUUUUAAAGAUGUCAAUCCUGAGGAAUAUAAAGAUCCAAUUUUAAGAAGGGAAUUAAAGAAACUAGUAAUUAUUGGGGAUGCUGCCUUGGAACCAAGUAAAUUAGAAAAGUUAACAAACGCUGUGAAUAAAAUGACAUCGAUAUACAGUACAGCCAAAAUAUGUCCAUAUGAGAAACAAAAAUGUGAUUUAGAUAAGGAAGGGCUAAAUUUAGAACCAGGCAUUGAAAAAAUUAUGAGCAAAUCUAGAAACUACGAUGAACUGGUUUAUGCCUGGAAAGGUUGGAGGAAUAAUUCCGGUGCCAAAAUGAGGAAUAUAUUUAAGGAUUAUGUUAGACUAUCUAACGAAGCAGCCAGGCUAAACAAAUUCAGUGACAAUGGAGCGUUGUGGAGAUACGCAUAUGAAGACGAAAACCUUAUAGCAAAUAUGGACGAGCUCUGGGCUCAAGUGGAACCAUUAUAUGACGAAUUACACAAAUACGUCGGUCGUAAACUGAAGUGUCGUUACGGCAACAAACUGGACUUGAACGAUGGCCUUCUUCCCGCCCAUCUUUUUGGUAACAUGUGGGCUCAAACCUGGAACAACAUCGCCGAAUUAGUUCUACCUUUUCCCGACGCUCCAAGCAUUGAUGUGGAAGAUGGAUUCAAGAAACAGAACUACACGGUUUUAAAGAUGUUUGAAACUUCCGAUCAGUUUUUUAAAUCAUUAGGUUUAAUUUCCAACGCAGUGUGUUAUGAUGUCAGCAAGGGAGCCAUGAUUGAAAAACCGACUGAUGGUAGAGAAGUUCUUUGUCAUGCUAGUGCCUGGGACUUUUGCGAUGGCAAGACCUACAGGAUAAAAAUGUGCACGGAAAUUAACUUGGAAACCUUCCUUGUAGUGCACCACGAGAUGGGUCACAUAGAAUAUUUCCAACUUUAUAAAGAUCAAUCAAUUUCAUUCCGUGAAGGUGCAAAUCCCGGAUUCCAUGAAGCAGUGGGCGACACCAUAUCUCUUUCAGUCUCAACUCCAAAACAUCUUCACAAAAUUAAUCUUUUGGAAAAAUAUAUAAGAAACGAAAAGACCAGUUUAAAUGCGUUAAUGUUGAAAGCUUUGGAUAAGGUUGCUUUCUUGCCAUUUGGACUGUUAAUUGACAAAUGGCGUUGGGAUGUUUUCAACGCAUCUAUACCAGAGGAUAAAUGGAAUGCCCAUUGGUGGGAAUUAAGAAACAAAUAUCAAAAAAUAAAGGCUCCUAUCGAAAGAUCCGAAAAAGAUUUUGAUCCUGGCGCAAAAUAUCACGUUGCAGGCGACAGUCAAUACAUCGCGUAUUUUAUAGCCCACAUUUUGCAAUUUCAGUUCUACAAAAGCCUUUGUAUGGCAGCCGGUGAAUACAAUCCAAAUAACAAAACCAUUCCCUUAAGUGAAUGUGAUUUUUACGAAUCAAAAGCCGCAGGAAAAAUAUUAAGAGAUGGAUUAUCACUGGGUCACAGCAAACAUUGGAGCGAAGUUUUGGAAAUAAUGACCGGAGACAAAAAACUCAAUGCUCAACCAUUAGUGGAAUAUUUUGAACCUCUUUAUGAAUACUUAAAGAAAGAAAAUAAUAGGAUUUAAAACAAUUUGACAGGCUAAUAAUGUACUUACUAUAAAUACUAAUAAAUACUUAGGUAUUGCAAAACAAAU